AACCUAUAUAGCAAAGAGUAAAAUAACUUGCUUUUACAGCUAUAUUGAAGUGCUCCCCUGGCACAACACCACAGCACAACGCGUAGUAACUACCUAUCACUUAAUCUGUGGGCAUAACUGAAAGCCAUUAAACCUAAGAAUUAAUUAAUUAGUUAAAAAAUCCUAUACUGUAACUAUAUUCGCCCGUUAGUAUUUUAUCUAAAAAUGGUAUGUGACGGUCCAGAUCCUCCUGACGAUUCUCCACAAAACUUAAUACCACCUCCUAGACAUGACCUAAUGGCAAACGGCAAUCACGACGAAAGCGAUGAUGAAAAUAAUGACCAUUUCGGUUAUGAACCUUUACCACAAGGUCCGGAGUUAAUACAUUCAGAUCGAGAUAGUGAGGAAGAGCAUGAAAGCAAUGAAGCAAAUGAAACUCCACCUAGCAAUGUACCUUCAAUAGAGCCGAUGGAAAAUGCGUUAACAAGAGAAGUAUGGAGCGUUCCUCGGUCCAAUGACCCUAUUGAAAUGAACAAUGAAAGAGCACAGCAGGUGAUGUCACUAAUGGCUAAUUUUGCUCUACCCCAAAACUCUAUACCAGAAUGGGCACAAAGUAUCUCAGAAGAACAGUGGAAACAAACACUCAAUGAUAGGAUAGAAAGGUUACGUGGCAAUAGGUAAAUCUUUGGUAUAUCUUGUUCAAUUGGUUUAAAA